GUGAGCCAGCAGUGGCCAGAGAGAAUAACUGUCUGAACGCGGCGAAGGCGUGCAACCUGAACGACACGUGUAAGAAGUACCGCUCGGCCUACAUCAGCCCGUGCACCAGCAGGGUGUCGAGCGCCGAAGUCUGCAACAAGAGGAAGUGCCACAAGGCGCUGCGGCAGUUCUUUGAUAAGGUUCCUCCGAAGCACAGUUAUGGGAUGCUGUACUGCUCGUGUCCGGUGAGCGACCAGUCGGCCUGCUCUGAGCGCCGGCGGCAGACCAUCGUGCCCGUCUGCUCCUACGAAGAGAAGCAGAAACCAAACUGUCUGGAGCUGCAGGCGUCCUGCAAGACCAACUACAUCUGCAGGUCACGACUGGCUGAUUUCUUCGUGAACUGUCAGCCGGAGCCUCGCUCUCUGUCCGGCUGUCUGAAAGAGAACUACGCCGACUGCCUGCUGUCCUACUCCGGUAUAGUCGGUACCGUGAUGACUCCCAACUACCUGCGCUCUGCUAAAAUCAGCGUCUCUCCGUUCUGCGACUGCAACAACAGCGGAAACAACAAGGACGAGUGUGACAAGCUCACUGAGUUCUUCACGGAGAACACCUGCCUCCGUAAUGCCAUCCAGGCGUUUGGGAACGGGACAGAUGUUGGCGUUUGGCAGCCGAUGUCCCCGGUGCAGACGACCACCCCCCCCUCCCAGAGGAAGAACCAACGCAACCCCAACACCCUCGACAACGCUAUCAACACAGACCCCAUCUACCACUUCUGUGGCAGCCUGCAGGCUCAGAAACUGAAGUCAAACUCAACAGUCGACGGAGUUUUCUGUGUGGACCCUCAGAUUGAUAAUCCCAGCACAUCCAACGCCAUCCCGAGGAACUCUGCUGUCUCCAGACGGGACGCUGCCUCUCUGCUGCCCCCCCUGGUGACUCUGUGGUACUGCAGCCUGCGGGCGAUAUCCUCGCAUCACGUCUUGUAGCCUCGACGCUUCACAGAAAACACAACGGACUGACAAACACACAUUUGUAUAAAAGAAAAAGCAACAUUAUAUCCUUUCUUCUCAGUGUUGUAAUAUGAUUUUCCCUCUGGAUUCUAUCUCUCUUUUGAUUCCUACUUUGUUUUUUUAAAUGAAUUUUGUUUUGUUUUUUGCAUUGCAGCUGUGUGCUAAAGCGGUGAUCUGUACUCGUUCAGUUUGGCUGUGUGUUCCCUUUAGGUUAGUUGAAAAAAAAAAGAGAUUUAAGGCUUACGUUUAAUACUCAAGGACUACAUUCCAAUAAACCACAGCUGGUAACUUUGGAAAGGAACACACAUGUCAUUUAGCGUGGAUUUUCGGAGUCAGUUUUCACCCUCGUCUGUUUGUGUGUUGAGGCUAUAGGUGGGAUCUUUUGCUCAAAAGUCACAGUCAGUUCAGUAACGGCUAUAUUUGAUCACUUGGGCAGCUUUUAGGUGUUAUUCAGUCUCCUCUGUGGUUUGUGUUUGUUUUGAUAAUGACGUGAUCUGGUGUUUUACAUUUUUACGAACGAUUCCACGUGGAUAUUUACCUGAGAAAAACUCAAUUUCAAGGUGAACACCGAUAACUACCUGCGCCCAAACCGUGUUUACGGUAGCUCAUACUGAACACACAUUGCCGAUGGCUAAAAGCACACAAGGCAAAGACCCACGAACACACACUGCACAUGUUCACACACUCAGACAAAAUCACACGGAAACACACACAGCACCAGGUUUUCUGCUCCAUUUUUUGUUUUACACCAGUUUCUUUGCCAACAUAGUGAUUCUCAGAGGUCAGAACGCUGCUGUGGAUAUCUGAAUCCACUCAUUAGUGAUUGUACAUAACUUGUAAUUGUUAGAAGUCCAAGCCAUGUUCAGUGUUGCUCUAUUGAAGGUGCCAGAGAAGCUGCUGCAGUUUCACCGGAAUGAGUUUUUCUUUUUAUGUUGAUGUACUUUGCUGCACUGCGUCCACGAAAACAAGAGCUGAGGAAAAAAAUAGACUUAUUGUUGUUGAGUAUAUUCAACGGUAACUCACACCUCUGUCCCACUCAACGCUUACUUUACUGUCAGUUCAGUGUUACGACUUAUUGACUCACUUGUGAAACUGCCAACACGUGUGUUGGGGAGGAAGCGAUCACAUGAUAUUGAACAUUUGCUAAACCCCAACCUUACUUACUUUACUGUCAUUGCAACUGCUGGGUUUUGUAUUCUAGUUACAUGUAUGCCAAUAAACAUAAACUAUGGCAUGAUUGGUAAUACAUUCAGGAAAGAUUGGCCUUGAUUUCAGACCGAAGAAGACAAAGCAAACUUCUAAAUCUCAGCUAGUGAUCAUACAUUUUGACGGCUAAAAGCAUACCAAACUGUAGCUUCCUAACACACUUUAAUACGUUAAUUGGAUACCUUCUCCAGGAUGACUGGUUUUAAAAUAUGAACCCUGAAUGAAGGUUUAUUGUACGCAUAACUUGUAACGCCACCAUAAAAUGUAGUUAGCUAUGAUCUGCUCCUUGGCUUUGGUUGUACUGCAGCUAGAAUGCUAAUGGAUUCGGCUAGGUGUGCUAGCACUAGCUAUCAGUAGCUAGCAGCUACAAAGUUAUUCCUUGGACUUUUGCUUCUAUUUUUGUUAUUCUGGAAGGGUAUGCAUAACUUGUAACGCCACCAACAAAUGUAGUUAGCUAUGAUCUAAUCCUUGGCUUUGGAAGUAACACUAGCCUAUGGUACUGUAGCUAGAAUGCAAAUAGUUUUAGCUAGGUGUGCUAACACUAGCGAGCAGUAGCUAGCAACUACCUACUCAUUCCUUGGACUUUGGCCUCAUUCUUUGUCAUUCUGGAAGAGUUUAAAAGUACAUUUAAAGCUCUAAGAUAGACAUUCUGGCUCUUUUUAGUCUUUUUGAACUACAAAGCUACUGGCCCAAGAAGUAAUUGGUACAUUUCGUUCAUAAAAUAAAUGUCUGGUAGAGAGGUUCAGCAAACGGUCGAUUCUGUGUUAUAAAAGAAACUGCAGCAAACAAGUGACUCAUGUACUGUGUGUAAAUCGUUAAAGCAUUUGUUCCUGCUUACUGCUGGGGAAAUGAAAAAGACACAGCGUCGCAAUCACGUCUAAUUCUCACAUGUCGACUUAUUCAUGUUAGUAUUGGAUGCAUCUGUUUUUUUAAUUCUCCCCCCAACACGUGAUCAACUUGUUUACAUACAUCUCUGUGGCAUGCUAUAGGUUAAUUUAACCAUUGGGACACCGACAGGGACAUUUACAACACGCUGCUUGGGUUUAUGUAGCUUCCUCAAAACAUCAUUGAUGUAUAGUAUAACUUAAUGUUAUUUACCGAGCAUAAACAUGGUAUAUGCACUGUAUGGCUGAAACUAUAAAUUGGACAAGUACAUGUCCGAUGAUAUUCUACUCCAGAGCAUUGUGAGCUAUUUUGAAAUCCAGAUAGAGUACAUUGAAAAAAAAGUUUUUUCAUAACAACUUAUGUGUAUAUUUCUCCCAGUAUGUACUAUGGAAUAUUAUUGCAUCUGAGAAAGAGGAUAUCAAUGUAACCCUCCUUAUGUAGUUAUAAACAACUGUAUUUCCUAAACGUAUUUCUUUUGUACCAUAGCCCCGUUUAUGAUGUUGCUUUAGUAGUUUUUUUUUGUUUUGGCUAAGAUUUAAACUUAUUUUUCUAUCUUUUACUUAUUUUUUGCUGUUUUUCGAUGAGAUGAAAUGAAGUGAGGCAGACCGGGCACAGAUGGUUUAUAUUUAAAACUUUUAUAAAACUGUUUAUUGCUGUUAACCCUGAUUAUUUUGGUUUUACUGCUAAAAUAACUAUGUUGACAAUAACAAGAAGUUGAGUUGUCAUUGCAUGGUGAUUGAGAAGGAAAUAAAUCAAUGUUUAAAGACAAAUAUAUUCUAUACCAUACCAUUGAAGGCUUUUUUAUGGUAUAUUUGACCAGAGGUGGGCGACUGAAGAUUGAAUGUGUGGAAGGAAAGUGAAAGAGAAAUGUUAUGAGUUGCUUCACGACAAAAAUUAAAUUUCUCAGAACUGUGUCUUACAGUAUGCUCAUUAUUUUGUAUUUGAAUCCGAGUGUCAUAUCGUCAUUGGCCCUAGAAAAUGAAGGUAUUGUUUAUAUAUGUGGCUCAGAAGGCACAUCCUCCUGAUGUAAGGGUGCCACUUUUGGAUGCAAAUGUUAAGGUGUUAAAUAUGUUUGCUGUCCAUCUCGAUCCCAAUCUGUUGUUUCAAAAUACCAACAAAAUAAAAUGGUGUUUUGGAGACUCCCUCAGCUGCCUGGCAUCAUUAACUUCUUAGCUUGUGAAAAUGUAAAAUCUAUUGUACAAAAGUUACGAUUAAAAACUGUUAAAUCAC